GAGACGCCGCGGCGGUGGCGCACGGGAGUCGCUGCGCCGGGGGACGCUUCCUGCGCACUGCGUCCCGCGCUGGAGUCGGGCUGAGGGGGCUGCUCGAGACUGCGUCGCCGUCGCCUUGUCCUCGCCGUGCAACACUGUACUGCAAGUCAGUCAAUACAGUGAUUUAAGUCGCUUCAACUCAAAUGGAAAAGUUUGAGAAAUUAGCUAAGAUUGGAGAGGGGUCUUAUGGGGUUGUAUUCAAACGCAGAAACAAAACCUCUGGACAAGUGGUAGCUAUUAAAAAAUUUGUGGAAUCUGAAGAUGAUCCUGUGGUUAAGAAAAUAGCUCUAAGAGAAAUACGCAUGUUGAAGCAAUUAAAACACCCAAAUCUUGUGAACCUCACUGAGGUGUUCAGGAGAAAAAGGAAAAUGCAUUUAGUUUUUGAAUACUGUGAUCAUACACUUUUAAAUGAGCUGGAAAGAAACCCAAACGGAGUUGCUGAUGGAAUGAUCAAAAGUGUGUUAUGACAAACACUUCAAGCUCUUAACUUCUGUCAUAGACAUAACUGUAUUCACAGAGAUGUAAAACCUGAAAAUAUUCUAAUAACUAAGCAAGGAAUAAUCAAGAUCUGUGACUUUGGGUUUGCACGAAUGCUGAUUCCAGGAGAUGCCUACACUGAUUAUGUCGCUACAAGAUGGUACCGCUCUCCUGAACUUCUUGUGGUAGAUACCCACUAUGGUUCUUCAGUCGACGUAUGGGCUACCGGUUGCGUUUUUGCAGAGCUCCUGACAGGCCAGCCACUGUGGCCUAGAAAAUCAGAUGUGGCCCAACUGUAUCUGAUAAUCAGAACACUGGGAAAACUAAUCCCAAGACAUCAAUCUAUCUUUAAAAGUAACCAAUUUUUCCAUGGCAUCAGUAUUCCUGAACCAGAAGAUAUGGAAACUUUUGAAGAAAAGUUCUCAGAUGUGCAUCCUGUGGCUUUGAAUUUCAUGAAGGAGUGUCUGAGGAUGAAUCCAGAUGACAGGUUAACUUGUGCCCAACUCCUGGAGAGCCCCAACUUUGAUUCUUUUCAAGAGGACCAAAUUAAAAGAAAAGCAUGUAUUGAAGGAAGAAACAGAAGAUGUCAGCAGAAUCAACUGUUGCAUCUCAUACCAGGAAGCCACAUCUCCCCCACACCUGAUGGAAGAAAACAAGUCUUCCAGUUAAAAUUCGAUCAUCUUCCAAACAUAUAGUUCUUUCAAGUGGAAAGUAAUUUAAUAGGUACACAUUUUUGUACCAGAGGAAUAGGGAUUCUCAGUGUUUCAAAUGCAAAUGAGCCAUAUGAAAAUUAAGAUGCUUUCUAGAAUUGUUUUGCUCUGAUCAUUACUGAUUCCUCUGCCCAUGCUUUUUACAUGCCAACUUUAUCUUUUAGAACAUUUUCUUUAAAUGUUACAAAGUCUGAACCUGCACAUAUGGAGAAGACAUUUUCAAUUUCAUCAGAGCAGCCCCUCUAGAAGCAAUGUGUAUCGAGAAUUUGUGAGCUUAUACUUUGAUUUAUGAGAAAGAUUUACAUUUAUCAUCUUGCUUCAGCUGACCACAUACUGUCUUAGAGCAGUAUCAAAUAGCUUGCCUAGCUGUUGUUUGUGUAAGGAAUAGCAUUAUGUUUCUGCAUUUUAAUUCACUCUUAUUGUAACCAGGUCUGUUGAGUAAUGCUGGUGUUUUAUUUUGUGUUUUUUUAUUGGUGUAGUAAGGGAACCUUGAAAUGUCAUCUAGGUUUAUCCCUUAAUUCCAGGGCAGACUCUACUUUCUCUGUCUCAUAAGACAUUGACAAUUCUAUUUUUAAAGCUAGCUAGAGAACAUGCCAUACAUUUACAUAGAAAAUAGUGGAUGAACUGCAAGGAAUUACCAUCCUUGUGACAUCAUGCCCUAAGGUAAUUGACUGCUGACUCUACUGCUCUCCUUUGGUGCAUCACAGUUCCUUAUCCUUUUCUCCUCCUGACUAAAUCAUCUCAGUACCUAAACCUGUCCUCCUGGGUGUAUUUUCUGCAUUGUCAACACUCUCUUCCAAACAUUUGCAUCCAUAGCCUCUAUAAACUUGUGCAGCCCUACACUCGGGCAUCAUGGUCAGGUCAAGUUUGUAAACACGAGAGCAGGAAGAUUAUCAUUCAAUUAACUUCAUUUUGUGUCUCUUAUCCAAAAAGACACAGACAAACAAAACACCUCAAUA